GCUUUGGUUAAGGCUCACAGACCAUUGCUAAAUGGUUUGGGUUUGCACAGAGUCGAUUUCACUUCUUGGAACUUGUGAGCUCUGAAAAGUCAUUUAGGGACUUGUCCAGAAAAAAAAAAAAAUUUCCCCUGGGAAGUGUUUGCAUUAGAAAAAACAAAAAUCUUCAUUCUUUAUCUGACCCUCAUUUGUCUUAGGGGAGAGCUCUCAGGAGUUAGCUUUUCAGUUGUUUAAUUUGAAGAGAAAAAAAAAAAAGACUGAUGUAUUGAAAUAUCUAAGUAGAAAAGCUGAUAUAUGUGUUCAGACGCCUGGAAGUGGAAUCAAAGAGAAUCAUUGCAAGCAAACAGGAAACAGGCUCUCGAGAUGAAUUGAGAAAUAACUCUCCCGGCAAAAAGGCUCUAAUACUCCUUCCUACGUGCACCCAGUUCCAGUGGAUGAAAUCUUUCCCAUCUCUGCAUCCAAGCUAUUUGGUCGUGAUCAGAUGAUCAGAGCUCAAGGAAGUGAUUGGAGAGUGAGCUGGCUGCAGCUGCGAUGUAGGCUGUUUUCAGGGACAAGGAGCCACUGUUGUUCUAACAUAGCAUCAACAUAGAAGUUAUUUUGUAGACUCCACGAUGCAGCGAUGGGCUGCACUGCCAGCAUUGUUCUGCUGCAAGCUUUUCGCUCUGUGGUCCAGAGGAGCUGUCCACACAUUUGUAGACGAUGCCAGGAGGAACCCUCCCAUGAAGUUUUGCCUCUGGAAAGUGACGAGGAGAUGAGUAGACCCAGAACCCUCGUCAUCAUGCAGGAAAAGCCCCGACUUCUGGAGCCUUUGGAUUAUGAAGCAGUCAUUGAAGAACUUGAGAAGACUUAUGGGAAUGACCCCCUUCGAGACCUCCUCUUCUUCCCCAGUGAUGACUUCUCGACUGCCACUGUUCCUUGGGAUAUCCGAACAUUGUACUCAACGGUUCCUGAAGAUGCUGAGCACAAAGCGGAAAGUUUACUGGUGAAAGAGGCCUGCAAAUUUUAUAGUUCCCAGUGGUACGUGGUCAACUACAAAUACGAACAAUAUUCUGGAGACCUUCGACAGUUACCCCGGACAGAAUACAAACCAGAGAAACUCCCUUCACAUUCCUUUGAGGUUGACCAUGAAGAUGCUGACAAGGAUGAAGACACCACCUCCCACUCAUCAUCUAAGGGAGGUGGUGGUACUGGAGGGACUGGAGUGUUCAAGUCUGGCUGGCUCUACAAGGGCAAUUUCAACAGCACCGUGAACAACACCGUCACUGUUCGGUCCUUCAAAAAACGCUACUUCCAGUUGACUCAGUUGCCAGACAACUCUUACAUCAUGAAUUUUUACAAAGAUGAAAAAAUAUCCAAAGAACCUAAAGGCUGCAUCUUCUUGGAUUCCUGUACAGGAGUCAUACAGAACAACAGACUAAGAAAGUAUGCCUUUGAACUGAAAAUGAAUGACCUGACUUACUUUGUGCUGGCAGCGGAAACCGAGUCAGACAUGGAUGAGUGGAUCCACACCCUCAACCGCAUCCUCCAAAUCAGUCCUGAGGGACCUCUCCAAGGAAGGAGGAGCACAGAGCUCACGGAUCUGGGGCUGGACUCACUGGAUAACUCUGCCGCUUGUGAAUACUCACCUGAGGAAACAGAUUCUUCAGAGAAUAGCCUGCACCCAGACUUCACCAAAUACCUCACAGAAACUGAAGAAUCAGUCAGAACAACUCGAAGCAUGGAGAGGCUAAAUCUCUUUUCUCUGGAUCCAGAUAUAGAUACCUUGAAACUUCAGAAAAAGGAUCUUUUAGACUCUGAAUAUGUGGUCAAACCAUUUGAAGAAAAAGCUGCCAAGAGAAUCAUGAUCAUUUGCAAAGCUCUCAACUUCACUCUUCAGGGAUGCGUUACAGAGAAUGAAAAUGAUCCGAUAACCAAUAUUGAGCCUUUCUUUGUGAGCGUGGCACUUUAUGACCUCAGAGACAACAGGAAGAUUUCUGCAGAUUUCCAUGUCGACCUAAACCACACAGCUGUCAGGCAGAUGCUUUCAGGGGCUUCUGUGGCUUUGGAAAAUGGAAACACUGUCACCCACAGACAAUCAGAUGAACCUCAUGUCAAAGGAUUUCCCGAGGAAUGGCUAAAGUUUCCAAAGCAGGCAAUAUUUUCUGUAAGCAAUCCACAUUCGGAAAUUGUUUUGGUGGCCAAAAUUGAGAAAGUGCUGACGGGAAACAUUGCAAGUGGGGCGGAACCUUAUAUUAAGAAUCCAGACUCCAACAAGUUGGCACAAAAGAUACUGAAGUCCAACAGGCAGUUCUGUAGCAAGUUGGGGAAAUACCGCAUGCCAUUUGCUUGGGCAGUCAGAUCAGUUUUUAAGGACAACCAGGGAAAUGUGGACAGAGACUCAAGAUUUUCCCCACUGUAUAGACAAGAAAGUAGUAAGAUUUCAACAGAGGACCUAAUUAAACUCGUGACAGAUUAUAGAAGGGCUGACAGAAUAAGCAAGACACAAAUCAUUCCUGGAAGCUUGGAUAUUGCUGUGGACAACAUCCCUCUGGAAUAUCCAAACUGUGUAACAUCGUCCUUUAUCCCUGUCAAGCCUUUCAAUGAGAUGGCUCAGCCAGAACCCACAGUGGAGGUGGAGGAAUUUGUGUAUGACUCAACAAAGUACUGCCGUCCUUACAGAGUCUACAAAAAUCAAGUUUACAUUUACCCCAAACACCUCAAGUAUGACAGCCAGAAAUGUUUCAAUAAGGCACGAAAUAUAACUGUGUGCAUUGAAUUCAAAAAUUCUGAUGAAGAAGGUGCCAAGCCGGUGAAGUGUAUUUAUGGAAAACCUGGAGGGCCCCUCUUCACCUCAGCUGCCUACACAGCAGUGCUGCACCACUCCCAGAAUCCAGAUUUCUCAGAUGAGGUGAAAAUUGAGCUACCGACACAACUCCAUGAAAAGCAUCAUAUUUUGUUUUCAUUUUAUCAUGUCACCUGUGACAUAAAUGCAAAAGCUAACGCCAAAAAGAAGGAGGCUCUGGAAACAUCAGUUGGAUAUGCUUGGCUUCCUCUGAUGAAACAUGACCAGAUAGCUUCUCAGGAGUACAACAUCCCAGUAGUAGCCAGCCUGCCUCCCAACUAUUUAAGCUUGCAAGAUUCUACGAGUGGAAAGCAGGGCGGGAGUGACAUUAAAUGGGUUGACAGUGGCAAACCACUCUUCAGAGUUUCUACAUUUGUUGUUUCAACAGUGAAUACUCAGGAUCCUCGUGUGAAUGCAUUUUUCCAACAGUGCCAAAAAAGAGAAAAAGAUAUGUCUCAGUCACCUACCUCGAAUUUUGUCCGCUCCUGUAAGAACUUACUGAAUGUGGAAAAGAUUCAAGCAAUCAUGAGCUUCCUGCCUAUCAUCUUGAAUCAGCUCUUCAAGGUUCUGGUGCAGAACGAGGAAGAUGAAAUCAAUACAACGGUGACCAGGUCUUUGUUUUUCCAGGGUUUGACUGACAUUGUGGCCAAGUGCCAUGAGGAGCAGCUGGAGCACUCGGUCCAGUCAUACAUUAAGUUUGUGUUCAAGACUAGGACAUGCAAAGAGAGGACCAUACAUGAGGAACUGGCUAAGAAUGUGACUGGUCUUUUGAAAUCAAAUGACUCAACAACAGUAAAGCAUGUCUUAAAGCACUCCUGGUUCUUCUUUGCAAUUAUUCUAAAAUCAAUGGCACAGCACUUGAUUGAAACAAAUAAAAUCCAGCUUUCUCGAGCUCAACGUUUUCCUGAAUCUUACCAAAAUGAACUGGACAAUCUUGUAAUGAUCCUGUCUGACCAUGUGAUCUGGAAAUACAAAGAUGCACUUGAAGAAACAAGAAGAGCAAACCAAAGUGUUGCCAGGUUCCUUAAGCGCUGUUUUACGUUUAUGGAUCGGGGCUUGGUGUUCAAGAUGGUUAACAAUUACAUCAGCAUGUUCUCCUCUGGGGACCUCAAGACUUUAUGCCAGUAUAAAUUUGAUUUCCUUCAAGAAGUAUGUCAGCAUGAACACUUUAUUCCUUUGUGUCUCCCCAUAAGAUCAGCAAACAUUCCAGAUCCUGUGACACCUUCAGAAUCAACUCAAGAGUUACAUGCAUCAGACAUGCCUGAAUAUUCAGUCACAAAUGAAUUUUGCCGCAAGCACUUCUUAAUCGGAAUUCUGCUCCGCGAAGUGGGCUUUGCUCUACAGGAAGACCAAGAUAUCAGACAUUUAGCUUUAGCUGUCCUCAAGAACCUCAUGGCUAAGCAUUCAUUUGAUGAUCGAUACAGAGAGCCACGGAAGCAGGCCCAGAUAGCAAGUCUGUACAUGCCUCUCUAUGGGAUGCUUCUGGACAACAUGCCAAGGAUUUACCUGAAGGACCUAUAUCCUUUUACCAUCAACACAUCCAAUCAGGGGUCUAGGGAUGACCUCAGCACCAAUGGAGGAUUCCAUACGCAAUCAACUAUGAAACAUGCAAACUCGGUGGAUACAUCAUUUUCUAAAGAUGUGCUGAAUUCCAUAGCAGCAUUUUCAUCAAUAGCUAUUUCUACAGUAAACCACGCCGAUUCCAGAGGAUCAUUAGCAAGUCUUGACUCCAACCCAAGUACCAAUGAGAAGAGCAGUGAGAAGACUGACAACUGUGAAAAGAUCCCAAGACCCUUGUCUUUGAUAGGCUCAACUCUUCGAUUUGACAAGUUAGAUCAAGCAGAAACCAGGAGUCUCCUUAUGUGUUUUCUUCACAUUAUGAAAACAAUGUCAGAGGACACUCUGAUUGCUUACUGGCAAAGAGCACCUAGUCCAGAGGUGUCUGACUUCUUCAGCAUUUUGGAUGUGUGUCUUCAAAAUUUCAGAUACCUAGGAAAACGCCAUAUAAUCAGAAAAAUUGCUGCUGCCUUUAAAUUUGUGCAGUCCACACAGAACAAUGGAACUCUCAAAGGGUCUAAUCCUUCCUGCCAAACAUCAGGCCUCUUACCACAAUGGAUGCACACCACUUCCUAUCAAGAAGGGCACAAGCAACACAGAUCACAGACAUUACCUAUAAUUCGAGGGAAAAAUGCACUUUCCAACCCCAAACUCUUACAGAUGCUAGACAAUACCAUGACCAGCAACUCCAAUGAAAUAGACAUUGUGCACCAUGUGGACACAGAGGCCAAUAUAGCGACUGAGGUUUGCCUGACGAUUCUAGACCUGCUAGCCCUCUUCACUCAGACUCACCAGAGACAGCUGCAACAAUCGGAGUGUCAAAAUUCAAUGAUGAAAAGGGUCUUCGAUACCUACAUGCUCUUUUUCCAAGUCAACCAGUCGGCCACAGCCCUGAAGCAUGUCUUUGCCUCCUUGAGACUGUUUGUGUGCAAGUUUCCUUCAGCCUUCUUUCAAGGCCCAGCAGAUCUCUGUGGAUCAUUCUGUUAUGAAGUCCUAAAAUGCUGUAACCACAGAUCCCGGUCAACUCAGACAGAAGCAUCAGCCCUUCUGUACUUUUUCAUGAGGAAGAAUUUUGAAUUUAACAAGCAGAAGUCAAUUGUCCGGUCCCACUUACAACUCAUCAAAGCCGUCAGCCAGCUCAUAGCUGACGCUGGUAUCGGAGGCUCUCGGUUCCAACAUUCCCUCGCAAUCGCCAAUAAUUUUGCUAAUGGAGACAAGCAAAUGAAAAACAGCAAUUUCCCGGCAGAGGUGAAAGACCUGAUGAAACGGAUAAGGACUGUUUUGAUGGCCACAGCUCAGAUGAAGGAGCACGAGAAGGACCCCGAGAUGCUGGUCGACCUCCAGUACAGCCUGGCAAACUCAUACGCAAGUACCCCAGAGCUCCGAAGGACCUGGCUGGAAAGCAUGGCCAAGAUUCAUGCCAGAAACGGAGACUUAUCUGAGGCUGCUAUGUGUUACAUCCAUAUAGCUGCCCUCAUCGCAGAAUACCUGAAAAGAAAGGGUUACUGGAAAAUGGAAAAGAUUUGCACACCAUUCCUGCUCCCAGAAGAGGUUCACUCCUGUGAUAACAACCCAUUACUAACAACUCCCAGUGGAGGAAGCAUGUUCUCUAUGGGCUGGCCAGCUUUCCUGAGCAUCACACCAAACAUCAAAGAAGAAGGAGCAAUGAAAGAAGAUUCUGGAAUGCAAGACACACCAUACAAUGAGCAUAUCCUGGUGGAGCAGCUGUACAUGUGUGUGGAGUUCCUGUGGAAGUCUGAGCGGUAUGAGCUCAUCGCUGAUGUCAACAAACCCAUCAUCGCUGUCUUUGAGAAGCAGAGAGACUUCAAGAAACUAUCAGAUCUCUACUACGACAUCCACCGGUCGUAUCUGAAGGUGGCAGAGGUGGUGAACUCUGAGAAGCGGCUGUUCGGACGCUACUACCGGGUGGCAUUUUACGGACAGGGUUUUUUUGAAGAAGAAGAAGGUAAAGAGUAUAUUUAUAAAGAGCCUAAACUGACGGGUCUCUCUGAGAUUUCCCAGAGGCUACUCAAACUCUAUGCAGAUAAAUUUGGGGCAGACAACGUGAAGAUAAUUCAGGAUUCCAACAAGGUGAACCCCAAGGACCUGGACCCCAAAUAUGCCUAUAUCCAGGUGACCUAUGUCACGCCAUUCUUUGAGGAAAAGGAAGUCGAGGACCGGAAGACAGACUUUGAAAUGCACCACAACAUCAACCGCUUUGUCUUUGAGACACCCUUCACGCUGUCGGGCAAGAAGCAUGGCGGAGUGGAGGAGCAGUGCAAGCGGAGGACGGUGCUGACAACCAGUCACCUGUUCCCCUAUGUGAAGAAGAGGAUCCAGGUGAUAAGCCAGUCAUGCACGGAGUUGAAUCCCAUUGAAGUGGCCAUCGAUGAGAUGUCCAAGAAGGUCUCGGAGCUCAACCAGCUGUGCAUGAUGAAUGACGUGGACAUGAUCCGACUGCAGCUCAAACUUCAGGGCAGCGUCAGUGUGAAGGUCAAUGCUGGCCCAAUGGCCUACGCACGAGCUUUUCUGGAAGAAACGAAUGCCAAGAAGUACCCGGACAACCAAGUGAAGCUUCUGAAGGAAAUCUUCAGGCAAUUUGCGGAGGCGUGUGGACAAGCCCUGGAUGUGAACGAGCGGCUGAUCAAGGAGGACCAGCUGGAGUAUCAGGAAGAGCUGAGGUCCCACUACAAGGACAUGCUCAGCGAGCUCUCCGUUGUCAUGAAUGAGCAGAUCACAUACAAGGACGACCCGGCAAAGUGCGGUGUGGAGCGCCCCUGCACUCUGGCCAUUAACAGGGGCCCCCCAGCUGUGCCCAGCGUUUUGGUUUCACCUAGUGCAGAAGCCUGAGGGCCACAGCUCCAGAGACUCUUCUAGGUUUGCAGCUGCUCUAGGGGAGAGAAAGAUUGUUUUAAUUUAUUUGAAUUUUUUAUGGUGUUUAUAGUUCUUUUGUUACCUCGCUAGCUUGAGAAUUCUGCCAGCCUCCAGCUUUGCACAUUUCUGAUAUUUUCUUUUUAUUUGAACAGUGUUAAAUAUUUGUCAUGAAAGUUCAGUGAGUAUGUAGCUCAAAAGCAAACCCCAAGUUUUCUGUUAGUUACAGCAUCCCCAGCACCAAGUCCCAGUCCAAGUCUUUUAAAGGUCAGAGAGAAAUUUUUUAUGUAACAUUUAAGUCUAUCUCCAAUGUAAAUAGAGGGCUGUAAAAUAUGUGGUUUUUAAGAAAUUGAAAAACCUUUUUAGUUAGUACUUAUGACAGUGCUAAAAUUCUAUGAAUAACAUUUCAGAUGCCAUAUAUUAAAAUAUUUGUGUACGUGUACAAAGGUGUUGAUAAAGACUAAUCUUUAAAGUUUGUGGAGUUGCCUUUAUUUGUAAUAUAUGUGCUCUUAAAAAAGCAAUGGGAUAUGAAAUUAUCAAAGUAUUUUAUCGCUGUUAAUAGAAAUAAAAAGAUACUGUUACUUUGCA